GGUGAUUUCCUGGAUUCAGUCAAGGUCAUGGUCGUCUCUCUUUGUUCCCCAAUGGAGCGAAUAGAGCUUGCGUGAAAUGCCCGUGAUGAGCGCUUGGUCUUUCUUGGCGUGGCAAUUGGGCCACAGGCCUGAUCGACCAGAGGAUGGCCCACGUCGACAAUGAGGGUGAUGGCUUCGAUUCAGAGGAGGACCCUCCAGACGACGAGCACGAGCACGUGGACGUUCCACGGGUGUCGGAGCCGAAUGGCCGAAAGCCAUCCACGGCUGAAGACUGGAGUGCAUGGAGGUGGGCGGAAGCCUUCUUUUUCAAGGCCAAUUGUACAAAGGCAAAGAGCUCCUUUUGUGCAAUGCAGACGGAGGAUUUUUGGCAGAAAAGUUCCAGUGCCGGUGCUCCUCUCCCUUCAGUGGCCUUUGAAGGACCAGCUGACUUGCCGAAGUCAGAAGCCGUUGCAAUACUUCCACUGAAGAAGAAGAGGCCUUCCAGCGAGUCCACAGAGACUGCGAAGUCGAAGGCCGACUUUCUGGAGCAGCAUCGCCCCUCCUUUGAGAAAGAGGUUGCUUCUACCUUGGCGCGGACCCAGGCGGCCUCGCCGCUGAACCAAGGGACGCUCAAGUUCUAUCCGCAACCUUCUGAUGAUCGUUCAUCGCGAUCAGUGGAUGUCAUUGAGCAUGGAUACGAGGUGCUCAUCGUUCGGAGGGAACCGUCUCCGACCCCCAAGUGUCCGUCGGAUAUGUUGCAAUCACCCGGGAGUGAACAUUCAGGAGAGCUCCUGAUCCCGGUGGGUGCAUCGCCAGUGGCGAGUCCUGCAGAAGCAAAGGAGGUAUCACCAUCACUCUCAGACGCAUCUAUUUAGCUCAGCCAGUCAAUGCACUGGACGUUUCACCACACCGCGUGUGCUGGGUCGGGGAAAGAUCAGAGGGAUACGAUUCCUGCAGUGUCAACCUGGGAGUUGACGGGGGAUUGGAGGUCAUCCAUUGGCGUUUUAGACAUGGUGCUGACAGAGUGAUA